CCUCCCGCUAAACUGAUGGCUCAAUAAAACUUCCCCAAAGGUCCCUGCGCCAUCUCAAAGUGGAUGGACUGUUGACAUCGUCGUCUGUUUCCACUGCUCGGACUAUAAAUGCAUCGCAUCCUGCACAUUAGGAGACUUGUACUAGGAAACGCAUGCAGGACAGCCUGGUACAAGUGUUGCUCUGGCUCUGCCGGGAUGAUGCGUGCAGUGUGUGUUGACGUACCGGGAGGGCCGGAGAAUUUGCUACUGCGGACUGUCCCGAGACCUCAGCCCAAAAGUGGAGAAGUCCUGAUUAAAGUUCAUGCAACUGCCCUCAACAGGGCGGACUUACUGCAGAGGCGAGGAUUGUACCCACCUCCCCCAGGUGAGAGUGACAUCAUAGGCCUGGAGGUUGCCGGUACUGUGGAUACUCUGGGUCCGGGGGUGAAAGGUGGCUGGGGGCGGGAUGACCGCGUCAUGGCCUUGCUCUCUGGAGGAGGAUAUGCAGAAUAUGUGUCCGUGCCUGAGGAGCUUUUAAUGCCCGUCCCCCCUAAUCUCACUCUGUGCCAGGCUGCUACGAUCCCAGAGGCCUGGCUCACAGCUUUUCAGCUGCUGGUAUUCAUAGCUCAGGUGAAGGAGGACGAGGUGGUUCUGGUUCACGCCGGAGCCAGCGGAGUGGGGACAGCUGCUGUUCAGCUGGUGCGUCUGCUGGGCGCCGUGCCCGUCGUUACUGCAGGAGGCCCCGAAAAACUUAAGAUGGCCCUGAGUCUCGGAGCUGCAGCCGGCUUCAACUACAAAGAGGAGAGCUUCGCUCAGGGAGUCCAUGACUUUACAGGAGGCAAAGGAGCGAACGUCAUCCUUGACUGCAUCGGCGGCUGUAACUGGAAGCAAAAUGUGAGCUCUUUAGCCACCGACGGCAGGUGGGUGCUGUACGGCACCAUGGGAGGCCGGGCAGUCGAGGGGGAGCUACUGGGGAAACUGCUCUCCAAACGAGGCAGCUUGCUUUGCAGCCUCCUGCGCUCUCGCAGCCUUCAGUACAAAGCCGACCUGGUGAAGGCUUUCUCACAAAGAGUGUUACCGUGCUUCUCGGACCAGCAUGCCUCCUUGAGGCCUGUGAUUGACAGCACAUUCAACCUGGAGGACAUUGCAGAAGCUCACAGACACAUGGAGGCCAACAGGAACACGGGGAAGAUUGUCAUAAAUUUGAUUCCACCAAAUUAGGAAACUCAGAAAGCAACAGCUGUAGUCAUUUGCUCUGAAAUAUGAAAUUGGAUUCAUCAUGAUUUUAAAUGUGCCUUAUACACCUCAAUAGUCCUCAAACCUUUGGAUUAUUGGAUUAAAUGGGUUUUUCAUCCAGAAUAAUUACUAUGCCAUUUCUUCUAUAUUGUCACAAUUAACCGCUGCUAAAUGUUUUUUAACAUUGUAAUCAUAUUGAAAAAAUAAAAAAUAAAAGAGACCGA